AUGAGUAACCAAAAUAUUAAUAAAAUUCAUUUACAUAAUGAUAUUGCAGCUAACCAUUAACAAUAGCAUCUUUAUGGAGCUAGAGCUGAUCCAAUUUAAAGAUUAUCGUCUACUAAUUAGCUCUGUAUAGUCAACUGGUAGAUUAGUUACUAAACUAACUAUGGAGAAAGAUUAGCGAUUGUUGGUAACAUUCAUGAACUAGGAAAUUGGAAAAAAGAAGAAGCUUUAAAUUUACAAUGGAAUAACAACAAUAUUUGGAAUGGAUAGAUUAUAAUAAAUUUAAAUGGAUCUUCUAAUGUUUAAAAAAUCCUUGAGUAUAAAUACAUAUUGAUAGAUGAAAAAAAUUAAAAAGUAUAAUGGGAAGAAGGCUAAAAUAGAUUUUAUUACUAUUCUUAGAUAUUAGCAGAGUCUUAAGAAAAAGAGAACAUUCUAUUUAGAAAUUCCAAAAUCUUUGAUGAUUAAUUUAACUAAUGCAAUAAUAUUCUUAGAUAUUAGCAUCCUCAAUAAAGACUAUAGUCUUAACUAAAUACAGAAUAAAGUAAAAAAUGUACAAAUUAAAUAUUUAUUUAUGAUGUUUGGAAUAAAAAAUCUAUCAUUUUUAGGAUAAAAGAUAUGAUUUGUUAAAAUUAUGAAAUUGAUAAUUAAAACAUAGAAACAGGAAAUAAAGAAUAAAACUUAGAAAGUCAUUAAAAUUUAAUAUAAAAUCCUCAAUCUUUGGAAAAUUAAUAUUAAUAUUCAAGAAAUCUAAUUCAAGAAUGUUCCUCUUCACCAUAUUUUGACUCUUCUUCUGCUAAAAUUUAAGAAGAAUAAGGGGAAAAAAAUUUAGAAAAUUAAGAAAUUAACAAUUUAAUACAUAAGUAGAACAAAAACAAAAAGAUUUACUAUAUAACAGGCAACCACAAGGAGCUUGGAAAUUUAAGAAAUCCUUAAAAAAUGAAUUAUAUUCCAGAAAAUCAAAGCUGGGAGCUAUAAAUAUUUGUUGAUAGAAGCACUGAGUAUAUUCGCUAUUUUUAUAUACAAAAAGAAGGAAAUAAUUAAUUAGAAUGGGAAAAAGGAAGCGGCCGCUUUAUAUAUAUGUAACCACUAAAUGAUGAAUAAAAUUUUAAUGCCUCAGCUAUAGGAUCUUGUAAAUAAUCUUCAAUUUAGUCUUCACAUUCUUUGUCAGAAAUUGAUUUUGAAGAUCUUAAAACUGAGCUUCUGAUAUAAUCAUAAAACAGAACAAUAAAUUCUAAUUCUAUCAAUCACAAACUUAUGAUUGAGAGUAUUUAAAAUAAUCAAGAUAACAAACGAAAUUUUUAAUCUAAAAACAGUAUAAAUAAACGUCUUUAAGGGAAAAUUCAAGUAAAUACUCUCAAUAAAGGAGUAUUUUUAUGCGAAAACAAUGAAGUUUAAUUAGAUUUCUCUCUCUCAUUUGAUAGCAUAUUUGAAUAUCUUUAUCUAGGACCAUAUAUUUCUAAUAAUAUAAGUGACAUUAGGCAAUUAAAAAAAUUUGGAAUUGAUACUGUUCUAAGUCUUUAAACAGAUGAUGAUAUGCAAAGAAGAUCUGUGGAUAUAAAAUUAUUGAAAGAAUAAUAUAAAAAGAGUGGAAUAGAAUAUUAUAAUAUACCAAUAAAAGAUAAAUCUUUUUAAGACUUUUAUCAUAAAGGUCUAAGCGCUGUAGAAAAACUAAAUACUUUGCUUAAAAAUUAAAAAAGAAUUGUUUAUUUACAUUGUACUGGUGGUAUUUCUAGAGCCCCUUAAACAGCUAUAUUAUAUUUAAGUCUUUAUAAAAAUUACUCUCUUAAAAAUGCAAUUAAAUAUGUUUGUUCUAAAAGAGAAGCUGCAUUUCCUGACGAAUAACUUAUGCACUUAGUUUAUAAUAACGUUUUCGAAAAUAGCUAAGGGUGA